AUAAUUUGUUAUUUUCUUCAGAGCACGAUAAGUUCUUGCUUUUAUUUUCAUUUAAGUAUUAAUAAAAAGAAAGAUUUAUUAAAAAUGGCACUAAUUCCACCAGACCCAAAAUAUCUUUUACGUAGUGAUAUGGGUUGUAUUCAUAGUCUUUUAUUUUGGAUUAAUUCUGAUGUGGAACAUUUAUAUGCUGGCUGUGCUUCAGGAAAAAUUUAUAUUUGGGAUUUAAAGAGAAAUAGGAUAUUAACGAAGUUUGAUGCAGGAAUAGAUCCCUGUUUGACUAUGCAUAAUAUUAAUAAUAACAAUUUAUUGGUUCAACAAAAAUGUGGUAGUAUAAAAAUAUACAGUAUGUCUAAUUCACAUUGGUCAAUGAAUAAAAUAAUUGAUCAUGACUACCAUUCCUUUUGCAGAUGUCAAGUAUUAUCAGAAGAUAUUAUCAUUACUGCUCUUAAAGAUUCUAAUAUUGGAUUAUAUUCUGUCAAAAGUUCAAAUAUGGAAUUAACUUUAUAUUCUUCAGAAGUCCUAUAUUCAAAAAAAUUAGGAGAAGUAAUGGCUAUAAAACCCUUGCCAUCUACAGAUCAAAAAAUACUUGUUGCUUAUGAAAUUGGAUUGCUUGUACUAUGGGAUAUAACAGCAAAAAAAGUACUUCAUUGUAUGGAUAUAGAAUCAUGCCCCAUGGCUCUUGAUUUUGAAACUUCGUAUAUGCAAGGAAUUAUUGGUAGUCCUUCUGAAAAAUUAGAGAUAUUUAAUUUAUCAUCCGACACUUUAACAACUAAAUGUACAAUAACUUUAAAAAAUCCUGGUACAUCGGUUAUAAAUGUAAGGCCAGAUAAAAAACUUUUUACCGUGGGUAAUUGGGAUGGUCGUUUAAGAAUAUUUUCUCAGAAAACUUUGAAGCAAUUAGCAGUAUUGGAUCAACAUAAAAAUACAGUGCAUGAUGUCAUUUAUUCACCUCAUUAUGUAGAAGCAUAUAAUUGUAAAUAUUUAAUGGCUGCUGCAGGAAAAGAUAGUUACAUAUCUUUAUGGGAUAUUUAUAAUUGAAAUUAAUUUUAACGUGAAAUAUUUUUUGUACGAUAAAUAUAUUUUAAAUAAAUUAUAAAUAUUACUAAUUCUAUAAUUUUUAAUGCAUUUCAUAAUUACAUUUAU